AAGGAAAAAAGAUAAAAGAAAAAAAAAUCCAAAAUGUUAAUUUGUCCAUGUUCAAUCCCCCCUCCCUCCUUCCCAUGACUUUCCUAUUUGCUCAUAUCUCUCUCUUUCCUUCCUUCCUUCCACACAUCUAUCUUUUUCUUUUAUCAUCAACAAUCAAACCCAACUCUUAUGACUCAUCACUUUCUACUUCCUUCACUUUCAUCUUUCUUUCCUAAAAUAUGAUUAUUAUUAUUUACAAUUAAAUUCUUAUACUUAGAUAGAUACAUAAUCAUUAUUAACAAUUCCAUAAUACUUAAUUACUGUCUCCUCUACCAUGGCCUCCAAUUUCAACUCACCAGGAGGAGCUCAAAAUCAAAGAGAUUUGGAAAAGGGAACGAUGACUACAUCACAAAAUCCACUUUCUGAAAUAUCGCCGUCACCAUCUCCGUCGUCUGCGACGGCGCCAGCUCUGGUGUUAUCAAACUCAGGUAAACGGAUAGAUCAAGCAGGGAAGAAGAAAUACGUGAAGCAAGUAACAGGUCGUCACAACGACACGGAACUUCAUCUGGCGGCUCAAAGAGGUGAUGUUGGUGCUGUGAGACAGAUCCUUCUUGAUAUUGAUUCUCAGAUAAUGGGUAAUUUGAGUGGUGAUGAUGUUGAUCUUAACGCUGAGAUUGCUGAAGUUCGUGCUCUCGUUGUUAAUGAAGAAAAUGAACUCGGUGAAACAGCUUUAUUUACUGCUGCUGAAAAAGGACAUCUUGAUGUUGUUAAGGAAUUGUUGAAACAUUCAACACUUCAAACUGUUUCGAAAAAGAAUCGAUCUGGUUUUGAUCCUUUGCAUAUUGCUGCUAGUCAAGGCCAUCAUGCCAUUGUUCAGGUUUUACUAGAUUAUGACCCAAGUUUAAGCAAAACCAUUGGUCCAUCCAAUGCUACUCCACUUAUAACAGCAGCGACAAGAGGGCACGUCGAAGUGGUGAAUGAACUGCUAUCAAAGGAUUGCAGCUUGUUGGAAAUAGCUAGAUCCAAUGGAAAAAAUGCAUUGCAUUUAGCUGCUCGUCCGGGUCAUAUAGAAAUCGUGAAAGCCUUGCUCAGCAAAGACCCUCAAUUGGCUCGGAGGACUGAUAAGAAAGGGCAAACUGCAUUGCAUAUGGCUGUAAAAGGACAGAGCUGUGACGUGGUGAAGUUGCUUCUUGAAGCAGAUGCUGCUAUUGUUAUGCUUCCAGACAAAUUCGGUAACACAGCAUUGCACGUGGCAACUAGGAAAAAGCGAGUAGAGAUCGUGAAUGAGCUGUUACUCCUGCCAGACACCAAUGUAAAUGCAUUGACGCGAGACCACAAAACAGCUCUGGACAUUGCUGAAAAUCUUCCUCUUUCUGAAGAGUCGUCAGAUAUAAAGGAUGUCCUUUCUCGGCAUGGGGCACUUAGAGCUAACGAGCUCAACCAACCGAGGGACGAACUGAGGAAAACCGUUACACAAAUUAAGAAAGACGUUCACACCCAGCUGGAACAAACCAAGAGAACCAACAAAAAUGUGCAUAAUAUUUCCAAAGAGCUAAGAAAACUCCACAGGGAAGGAAUUAACAAUGCUACAAACUCGGUGACAGUGGUGGCUGUAUUGUUUGCUACAGUAGCUUUUGCUGCUAUAUUCACCAUACCUGGUGGGGAUAAUGACGAUGGUUCAGGAGUGGUAGCCGCUUAUUCUGCUUUCAAAAUUUUCUUCAUAUUUAACGCUAUUGCGCUUUUUACAUCUUUGGCUGUUGUGGUUGUUCAAAUUACCUUGGUUAGAGGUGAAACUAAAGCAGAGAAAAGGGUGGUAGAGGUGAUUAACAAGCUCAUGUGGUUGGCUUCUGUUUGUACCUCGGUGGCAUUUAUUGCCUCUUCUUACAUAGUCGUCGGUCGGAGGAAUCAGUGGGCUGCAAUUCUGGUUACAGUAGUCGGAGGAGUGAUAAUCUCUGGAGUUCUUGGUACUAUGACUUUCUAUGUAGUGAGAUCUAAGAGAACAAGAUCAAUAAGGAAGAAAGAGAAGCAACAAGCCAGGAGAAGUGGAUCCAACUCAUGGCAUCACUCUGAGUUCUCCAAUUCCGAGGUUGAUCGAAUUUAUGCGCUUUGAGUUUGAAGACCAAAUUAUGUUGGAAAGGAUAAUAGUUAUUUAGCAUUUUCUCUUCAAAUUACCACUUCAAGAGUUUAGUUAGAAACUGUAAUGCAAGUGUACACUGUACAUAGUACAGACAGUUCUUCUGUAAGCUGCUUGUUAUAGAUGAGGACAAAUUGGAAAUGAAGGUUUGAUCACUAUUGUUGAAACUCUUGAGUGGUGUGCACUUCAGCAUGGCUUAAGUAUACACUAUGAUUUGCGAGAAGAAUAACACGGACACAUUGCUUUAGUUCUCAACUCGUGUGUUGAUAAACAUAAAACCUUACCUGGUAUGUAUGUUAUCUUAGUUUGUUCAUAUAUAUGGCAUAUUCAUAAAUCAGAGAGA